AUGGAGAUUGUGGGGCGUUUAGUUUUAAUGGCGGUUAUCUUCGUGGCGGCGACUUUAGCCUCUGGUGCGGGAACGGGUGGCGGUGCACUGUACCUGCCGGGUUACGUUGUGUCUUUAGGCGAUGUACACAAGGCUGUUCCCCUCUCCAAGGUGACUAUAUUUGGAGGUUGUUUGAUGUCUGUUUUAAUUAAUAUCCGUCGCCGUCACCCCAAGUCUGGGGCCCCUCUUAUAAACUACGAGUUGGCGGCAAUAAUGGAGCCAUUUACCUUGCUGGGGGCAAUAAUUGGAGUUCUAUUGAAUGUAGUAAUGUCAGACUUCCAAAUUCUUGCUUGUCUUGUUCUAACUCUGUCUUUUACGAGCUACAAAACCUUCAAGAAAGGCCUUGCUCAGCGAGCAGAAGAAACAAGAAUCUUGCAGCAGCUGCAGCAGGGUAACCAACCUCCCCCCUGCAGCAGCGACACAGAAGACGUAACCCUCAGCAGCAACACCUGCAGCGGCAGCAGCUGGGGGACAUACGGGGAUAACCGGUCAGAACUGCAGCAGUUGCUGCCACCUACGAAGCCGAGAGAUGUAGGAGGAGGAGGACCGGCAGGAGCAGCUACUGAUGCCUCUUUUUCUUCGUCUCCAAACACUCGUGCUUCCCUUGAGGUCUUGCCCCUACAUGGGAACCCCCCUUCAGUGGAGUGUGCGUCUGGGGGCCCUUUGAAGCCGCUGGCGGAGACAGAAGACACGACAUUGUUUGUGUCUUCGGAUGGUUUAUUUGGCUUGCAGGAGACUUGUUCCGUUUUACCUGUUUCUGAAAAGGAUGUGGAAGAAGCGUUUUAUUGUGGGACAUGCAAGAUUAGUGUCUUAUACUUGGCUGCAGAUUCUGUUGUUAAUGUGUUGCUGCUGCUGCUAGCCGGGGGCCCCGUCGCAGUGCUGUGCGGCUCGCAACAGCAGCAAGCAUGCAUAUAUCUUCUGCUCUCUGUACACGUUUUAGGGACUUUUCUCUUUGCCCGCUGGCUCAUUCGCCGCCGCCGCCGCAUGGAACAAACCACAGGCAUCACCUGCAGCAGCAGCAGCAGCAGUAGAGGGUUGGAGGAGGGAGGGCUGGGCUGGUUGACCCCUGUAACUGCGUUCGUAUACCCUUUGCUGUCUAUGCUAGCGGGGGUCUUGGCGGGGGCAAUAGGAAUAGGAGGAGGCCUAGUAAAGGGCCCUCUUCUUCUCGAGAUAGGAUUGUCUCCUCUUGCUGCAGUAAGCACGGCAAACUUCAUGAUAUUCUUUACGUCCUCGGCCAACACGUUGCAAUAUGCUAUAUUAGGCAGAUUAGAGUUAUUGGACUCAAUUUGUUUCUUCUUAACUGCAUUUGUGGCGGGAGCAGCAGGAUUAGGAUUUGUAUACCAAUUUGUAAAGAAGACACACAGACAAUCCUACUUAACCUUCUUCCUCUCUUUUGUCUCCGUUGUUAGCCUCGCCUCCAUGCUCGGUUCCUUCGUGCACACCCACUACUUCCUUGCAGGAAAAGGAGCUAAAGUCCUUACGCUGCAAGAUGCAUGCAAGCAGCAGCAGCAAACUGGCACAUUUCUCUUGCAACACUUCUAA